CAGAGACACCUGAACAGUCUGCCAUGGGCUUUGCUGGCGGUCCUCCUGCUGGCUGCUCUCAAGCUCCAUAUGAUUAAUGCCGAUUCCAGUGCUGAGGCGGAUAACUCCAGCACGGAGAGCAACGAGAUCAUUCCGCGGGAGGCCAUCCAGAAGCUGGACUACUCGGUACGCCAGGCUCUUCUCCGGGCUAUCGAUAAACUGGAGCAGGAGGAGGCAGCUGCUGCCGGGGUUACGGAAAGCGGAGAGGACAGUCCCAGUAGCAGUGGAUCCCGAUCCUUGCUUCGCACGGAGACUUCCACUCUGCCCUCGCAUCGCGAAAAGGAUGAAAUCCUGGAAGAAAGCACCCAUAAAGCGGAGGCAGAGCCUGUAGUGCCCACUGUUCAGUUUUACACAGCCACCUUCGACGAGAAGAACGCCCAGGAGCAGCUGCUCUCCUCCUUCAUCGAUCGCUCCAAGCUGUGGAAGAAGACCACACUGCGCAAGCAGAGCUCUCCUUCCACUGCCCUGCCCAUCGAACCCAAGUCAGCGGAGCCGGAGGGUCCGGAGAAUCGUCAGCUCACCCGGAGCGUGGACAGCUCCAGUUCCGGAUCGGUCAGCAGCAAUGAGAUCUCUCACGACAGUGGCAGUCAUGAGAUUAAAUUCGAGAUCAGCAAUAUAAGGAAGACAGCUCCUACAACAACUUCUACGACCACGACUACCACAACAACCACUCCAAGACCCCGCACCACCCGGAGGCGAACCACAACAACGACGACAACGACUACCACGACAACUCCAAGACCCACCCACAAUGAGGAUGGAGAGAACAUUGAGCUGGUAGACAAGCAGGACAUUCGUAUCCAGGAGGCGCCGCUGGUAACUGCCUUUACGGUGGAUCUGGAUGAGCGUGGCACCGCCCAGAAGUUCCGCCCCCUGCUGUCGGGUAACCAGCGGACUCCCAUCUACUCCCAGCAACAGCAACAUCAGCAUCUGCUGCCCCACAUUGGACCCACCAUCACGAAGCUGAACGUGCUCGAGUCGGAGCCUCCGGCCACGCCGCUGCCCACACAGUAUCCACCCACCAGCAGCACAACCACCACCCAGAUCAGUACCAGCACCAGCGCCAGCGGAGGUAUCUCCACCACGCCCGCUUUCCUGGCCAGCUCCACCAGCAAUUAUGUGAAGGAACCCCUGAACACUCUGCCCGAGCCUCCCAGCGUUAACAACUAUCUAAUCGAACGGCAACGUGCCUUGGAGCAGCAGAUUUACCAGCUGAAGGUCCAGGCGCAGCAGCAGCAGGCUCUGAUCCUGCGGCAGCUGAAGCUCCUGGAGGAGCAGACCCAGAGCCGAUUCCAGGCAUCGCCAAUUGCUCAACCCAGCACAUUGCAGCCGCAACAGCAGCAGAUACAGCAAACACAGCAACUCCAGCAGCAGCAGCAGUCACAGCAACUCCAGCAGCAGCAGCAACAGCAACUCCAGCAGCAGCAGCAACAGCAACAUGGUCCACUGGAGGCCAUUCAGACUGCGCUGCAACCGCCCUCGGUGGGUUACUCCAUAAGGCCUUCGGUGGAAUUUAUACCCAGCACACAUACCAAAACUGUUAUUUAUCCCACAUAUCCAAUUGAGCAGCAAUUGCCGGUCCGCGAUGCCGUUUCGGGUCAUAAAUUCGCCCUGCACGGCAGCAACAACAACAACUAUCAGAAGCUUCCAGCGCCGUCAAAUGCGGUGCAACAGAUUUUCCAAAACCUGCAGCAAUCUCUGCAGAAAUCGAACGAAAACAACAUCGGUGGCAAUUUGCAGGGCCAGCCCUCGAAUCAGUUCGGCUUUGCCCCGGCUGAGGCGUCGCCACUUCAGGCGCUGCCCCAGCACAAUUACAAACAAUUUCAACAGCCGCAACAGCAGCAGCAGCAGCAACCACAAUUGCUGCUGCCCAACUACGUGAGCAAUGCGCUAUUCCAGCAGCAACAACAGCAGCAACACCGGGCGCGCCAGUUCCGCCAGGAGACGGGAGUGGGCAACUUCGGCCUAAAUGCCAACGUGGAGAUCCAGCCGAGCACCUCCUUUGCGACAACCAUCGUCAGCCAGCAGCCUGCAUCUAAUCCCAAUCCCAGUCUGGAGAACCAGAACUUUUACAGGCAGCACCUGACGCCACAGCUUAGUAACCAGUUGCAGCAGAACGCCCAGCAAUAUCUGCAACAGCAGUUGCAGCAGCAGCAGCAGCAACAGUCGUCGGGUGGCGACACCAGUCCAGCUCUCAACCACGGGAUACCGCAGUUCUCCUCACAAAACCUGCACUUCAACGGGGCCUUUUGA